GCGAGAUCCAGGGCCAUGGCGAGCCCCGGCAGCAUCGCCUACCCGGACCGCUUCUACGCCGCUGCGGCCUACGCCGGCUUCGGCGCCGCCUCCCCCGCCUCCUCCUCCGCGGCCAUCUCCCGCUUCCAGAACGACGUCGCCCUCCUCCUCUACGGCCUCUACCAGCAGGCCACGGCGGGGCCCUGCAACGUGCCCAAGCCCAGGGCGUGGAGCCCCGUGGAGCAGAGCAAAUGGACCAGCUGGCAUGGGCUCGGAAACAUGCCGUCCACGGAGGCAAUGCGUCUCUUUGUCAAAAUAUUGGAGGAGGAAGAUCCUGGAUGGUACUCGAGGGUCCCUGAGUUCAACCCUCAGCCUGUCGUAGAUAUUGAAAUGCAUAAACCGAAGGAAGAGGCAAACACUGUACCAGCUUCGACAAAUGGAACAUCAUCAAUUCCAGAGCCAAAAACCAUUUCUGAAAACGGAAGUUCAAUGGAGACACAAGACAAAGUUGUUAUUCUGGAAGGUCUUAGUACUGUCAGUGCUCAUGAAGAAUGGACUGCAUUAUCUGUUAGCGGCCAGCGUCCGAAACCCCGUUAUGAGCAUGGAGCAACUAUACUGCAAGACAAAAUGUAUAUAUUUGGUGGAAACCACAAUGGGCGUUAUCUUAGUGACCUUCAGGUUUUGGAUCUGAAGAGUUUGACUUGGUCCAAGAUUGAUGCCAAAUUGCAAGAAGGAAUGUCCGAUUCAGCUAAAACAGCACAAGUCUCUCCAUGUGCUGGCCAUUCUUUGAUAUCAUGCGGUAACAAAUUCUUCUCAGUUGCUGGGCAUACAAAAGAUCCAUCUGACAGCAUUACAGUGAAGGAAUUUGAUCCACAUACUUGUACCUGGUCAAUUGUUAGGACUUACGGAAAACCACCGGUUUCUCGUGGAGGUCAGUCAGUGACUCUUGUUGGAAGGACUCUAGUCGUGUUUGGUGGCGAAGAUGCAAAACGAGGUCUUCUGAAUGAUUUGCACAUUCUUGAUCUUGAAACCAUGACAUGGGAUGAUGUUGAUGCAAUAGGCACCCCUCCUGCUCCUAGAUCAGAUCAUGCUGCUGCUUGCCAUGCUGGCCGCUAUCUUUUAAUUUUUGGUGGGGGAUCUCAUGCGACAUGUUUUAAUGACUUACAUGUCCUUGAUUUGGAAACAAUGGAAUGGUCAAGACCCAAGCAGCAGGGUCUGAUUCCAAGCCCACGAGCAGGCCAUGCAGGGGCAACUGUUGGGGAGAAUUGGUACAUUGUUGGUGGUGGCAAUAACAAAAGCGGUGUCUCUGAAACACUUGUGCUUAACAUGUCAACUCUGGCAUGGUCAGUUGUUAGCACCGUAGAAGGACGUGUUCCUCUUGCCAGUGAGGGCAUGACAUUAUUGUACAGCAAUUAUAGUGGAGAAGAUUAUCUCAUUUCUUUUGGAGGAUACAACGGACGGUACAGCAAUGAGGUGUAUGCUUUUAAACUUAGCGUAAAGUUAGAUUUGCAGUCAAGCACUAAAGACCAGCCCAUCUCAGAUAGUACAUCUAGGGUUCUGGAACCUGAGGUUGAAAUUUCUCAAGAUGGGAAGAUCCGGGAGAUUGCCGUGGAUAAUGCUGAUUCGAAAAACAGAAGCGAUGAAGCAAACGAACAACUUCUGGCAGCUCUUAAAGCUGAGAAAGAGGAACUAGAAGCAACACUUAACAGGGAAGGACUGCAAACUGUACAGCUUAAAGAAGAGAUAACUGAAGCAGAGGCCAGAAAUACCGAGCUGACAAAGGAACUUCAAGCAGUCCGUGGCCAACUUGCUGCUGAGCAGUCAAGAUGCUUCAAACUUGAGGUGGAUGUUGCGGAGCUACGACAAAAGCUCCAGAGCCUGGAUGCAUUGGAAAGGGAGGUGGAGCUGCUUCGAAGGCAGAAAGCCGCCUCUGAGCAGGCAGCAUUGGACGCGAAGCAGAAGCAGGGCUCCGGAGGCGUGUGGGGCUGGCUUGUCGGAACCCCACCUGAUGAUUCCGACUCGUGAUAGAGCCCCGGCUUCUUCCUCCCAAUACCACAUACAGGCAGCGAUCUCAUAUACUUGUACCAUUUACAAACGAUGUGCUUUUUGAUGAUGUCUCAUAGAGUUUUCUUUCUUCUUUAUACCAUUCCAUUGGCUUCCCAUGUUCAUUUGACAACGAGACAAUAAGGUGUUUCCUGGCUAGCGAUAUUUAUUAAUUUAUCCAACCAUCAGAGACCGUCUGUGGCAGGGUGUAAUGUUAGGUCCUGUGACCAUCCUCCAUGCAUGUUGCAAGUAUUGAUUAUUUGAACUUUUGUUAUGGAUAUCGGCCAGUUUUGGCCGCCAUUUGUACUGUUUUUUUA